ACGUUCACUUCCUCAAAAAAAGCGUCCAUCACGAUUGUUAAUUAAUUGUACAAAUAUCAGGUGAUUUCUUAUGAUUUAACUGUACAAAUCCAACUCCAACAAGUGCUAAGAUUUCAAUUAAUGCGUUGGUGAUAAAAUGGCUAAAAGGAAGCCAGCUAUCGAGGUCGAGGAAGUGCUACCGGAUGACAAUCAGCUAGGUGAGCGAAGUUUAAUGUGGAAAACCUUCAUGGAUACGUUGCUUGCUGCAUUUAACCAGUCGGCUGUCGUCAAGUGCACUCGCCACCUGCAGGCAGUGAUCGGACAGCGGUGCAGGUUCUGUUUCAGCGCGAUAAUGCACAGUUUUCAGGCCUUCCGGCGCUGGCUGCUGCUACGCGACCGCAAACGAAAACUAGAACCGCCACCGGAGACGGACGAUGAGCCUCCUUCUUCUCCUCACGAAGCGGAUUCCGGUGAACCGCAAACGAAAUACUCCAAAUAUAAUGAGAAAGACAACAUUGUAUUCGAAAAAGUAUGCGACAUGCUGGACUACGAUGCCAGCGAUCACAGCAACGCCAGCGAUGUUCAUACGGAUGCUGAGGCCGAAGAUCCAGCUUUGGCCACUGAAUUUAGUCGGGAGGAUGUUGAAAAUCAGCUGGUGCGAGUAGUAGCCAAACGGAAGCGCGGUUGGUCGAAAAACGGUCUGAUGGAAUUGAUGAUGGCCGUAGAAGAUGGUCCCAACAUGCCUAGUCACCUGAAGGUCGAGAAGUGGUUAUUUAAUCAAAACACCGGCCCUUUCGAUAUGACGCAAAACCGUGAAACGAUCGUGACAGAGAAGAACGCCGAUGGGGAUCGCAUGCGAUUCUACCGGAAAGAGGAGGUAACCAUUUCGAGAGAUGCUGACGACGCAGACUCACUGUCGACGGUCGACGAAAAAAAGUAUAUAUUGCAGAACAAGAAAGAUCGGAACGUUACCAGCAAGAUCAAGGUGAUCCAAACGUUCCGAAUCAAGACCAACAGCGCAAAUUCAUUCGUGAAACCGAAACUGCAUUCGAUAAGCAGCUUCCCCAUCCACGAAGAGGAACCAACGACAUCCACCAGUUGGCUCAAUAAAACGUCAAAAUCGGACUCGGCUUUCGAAACCGGCGAAGAUCAGUCCCAAAACCGAUCGCGCCAGCCAGCAUCGAGAAAAUCUGUCCCGGCACCUGCUCCAUCCUCUUUCUUGCAAAUGGACAGAGACAACAGACGCAAGAAGGUGUUCAAAAAAACAAUCAAGAAAAAGUCCGCCAUGAAAAGUCCAUCGAAGAGGAGAUCGUCUGGUAGCAGCGCGCAACAGUACGAAUCCGCCCUCCAGCGCUGUGGAACGGUAAGGAAAAUCGCACAGCGACGAGUCCACUGGCAGGAAAUGAGCUACAUCGCGGAAAGCAGUAGCGACGAGUCCGACCAGGUAUUUUCCACCAGGUUAACUCGAUCGAAAGCAAAGGCAUCGCCGAAGCGGGAACUUCGAUCGAAGUCUUCCAGCCGAUCCAGUAUAACGCCUGAAGCGUCGCCAAGAAAACUUUGGCCGCGGAAUAAAGUCAUCUCUCCGGGGAAAACCGUGGACCGGGAACUGGUCGGUAAUUUUAAGUCGAUUUGCCUGAGUCCAAGGAAAAAACUGAUGAAUUUUCAACCGGAACGGCAACACCCACCCCGGAGGGAGGCGAGCGUUGAACAGACCUCAGAUCUGACGGCGCUUUUCAGUAGCGCAAACGAUAAAAUUUCCAAUUCGACGACUGUUGGCAACAACACGACAUCAUUCAUCAACAGGUCGAUGAUUCCUGACGUAGCGCAGGGGAUAGUGGUGUACCAACCAAAAACCAUCCAGUCGGAAGCCGCUGCCGACGCGAAGAUACGCAUCACGACCAAGGACUUGGAGCUGACCAAGGUGGCGAAGGCACGGCAUUUGGAUAGUUUCCAAAAAUUUGACCACUUGAUCCACCCCAACUCGUCCGUGUUGUUCUUCCCGUCGGAUUCCGAAGACGACGAACCGCUUGCGACGCUGACAACCACCACCAACUCGGACGGGGAUUUAAGUUUCGACGACGACGAUCCGAUUCUGACAUUCAAACCACGGAACACCGGGCGUUUGAAUGUGAUGGAAUAUAAGUACCAUUGAUCGAUUUGUUGGGAUUCUUUUUUUUUUACUGGAUUAUGUCGCUAGGUAUAAGUAGAUUCGUGCGCCUGGUUGUAAUUUGGUUACGAACACUGUAAUAU